UUGUCAGUGUUUGAAAAAAGCAUCUUGGAGUAUGAAGAAGAGCUCGACCGUCAGCGCAGACUGUUGGACCUCGCCUGGAAACCUGAAAUCAGACUCCACAGAGUCGAACUCCCACAAGAAAAUGUUUGUAAGGUGGAGGAGGACGGGGUUUUCAGUGACCAGCACCUGGAUAACCUGGAGAGGAGCUGCAGCCCAGACCAGGAGGAACCAGGGCAUCCACAAACUACAGAACUGGAGGAAGACUCCAGCGGUCAGGAGAUGAAGCACGAGGAUGUAGAGGUGGAUGUCUCAUUGGUCAAUGUCGCUGAUGUGAAAGUUGAAAAUAGUGAACCAGGACCAAACUGUGGCAAGCUGCUUUUGCACACUUCUCCUGAAGCUCAAAGCAAAGAUGAGGAAGGGACUGAAAGUUUACGCUCAGACUCCAGUAAAACUGCAGAUCCGGAGCCAAUGAGACGACACGGUGACCACGAAGAUGCUGCUGUCCCGUCAGACAGCAACUGUAAAUCAAAGCUGACCAGGACCCACACGGGGAAGAAGGCGUUUUCUUGCAGCACUUGCAGGAAAGAGUUCAGUAAAAGUUGUAAUUUAAUGGCUCACAUCAAGAUCCACACUGGUGAAAGGCCGUACCUGUGCAACACCUGCGGAAAAUCGUUUACUAAAUCAUCAGAUCUUAAACGGCACAUAACCACGCACACGGGCGACAAGCCUUACAUCUGCAAAACAUGUGGUAAAAGUUACAGGCUACGUUCCCACCUGCUGGUUCACUCGAGGAUCCACACGGGCGAGAAACCGUACCUGUGCAACACCUGCGGAAAAACCUUUACUCAAUUAUCAGCUCUUAAGAGCCACAUAACCACGCACACGGGUGAGAAGCCCUACAUCUGCAAAACAUGUGGGAAAAGUUAUAAGCAACUUUCCCACCUAGUGGUUCACUCGAGGAUCCACACCAGUGAAAGGCCGUACCUGUGCAACACCUGCAGCAAAACCUUUACUAGAUUAUCAGAACUUAAAAGCCACAUAACCACACACACGGGCGAGAAGCCAUAUUUGUGCAAGACGUGCAACAAAGGUUUUAGCCGCAGAAUUGGUUUGAAAAAUCACAUGAAAAAUCACCCAGAGGAGAAGUCUGGUGACUCAGAGCCACAAGAAAAUGUUUGUAAGGUGGAGGAGGACGGGGUUUUCAGUGACCAGCACCUGGAUAACCUGGAGAGGAGCUGCAGCCCGGACCAGGAGGAACCAGGGCAUCCACAGACUACAGAACUGGAGGAAGACUCCAGCGGUCAGGAGAUUAAGCACGAGGACGUAGAGGUGGAUGUCUCAUUGGUCAAUGUCGCUGAUGUGAAAGUUGAAAAUGGUGAACCAGGACCAAACUGUGGCCAGCUGCUGUUGCACACUUCUCCUGAAGCUCAAAACAAAGAUGAGGAAGGAACUGAAAGUUUACGCUCAGACUCCAGUAAAAUUGCAGGUUCGGAGCCAAUGAGACGACACGGUGACCACGAAGAUGCUGCUGUCCCGUCAGACAGCAAAUCAAAUCUGAUCAGGACCCACACAGGGAAGAAGCCGUUUUCUUGCAGAACUUGCAGGAAAGAGUUCAGUAAACAUAGUUUUUUAAUGGAUCACAUUAAGAGCCACACUGGCGAAAGGCCGUACCUGUGCGACACCUGCAACAAAACCUUUACUAGAUCAUCACAUCUUAAACGCCACAUAACCACGCACACGGGCGAGAAGCCCUACAUCUGCAAAACAUGUGGAAAAAGUUACAGGCUACGUGCCCACCUGGUGGUUCACUCGAGGAUCCACACCGGCGAAAGGCCGUACCUGUGCAACACCUGCAGCAAAACCUUUACUACAUCAUCAAAUCUUAAAAGCCACAUAACCACGCACACGGGCGAGAAGCCCUACAUCUGCAAAACAUGUGGAAAGAGUUACACGCAACGUUCCACCCUGGUGAUUCACUCGAGGACCCACACCGGUGAAAAGCCGUACCUGUGCAACACCUGCGGAAAAACCUUUACUGAAUCAUCAACUCUUAAACAGCACAUAACCACGCACACGGGCGAGAAGCCAUAUUUGUGCAAGACGUGCAACAAAGGUUUUAGCCACAGAAUUGAUUUGCUGAGUCACAUGAAAAAUCACCCAGAGGAGAAGUCUGUUGACUCGUGACAAAUGAAGCUCAUGUUGUCGUCCCCGGGGCAGCUGUCCACUCCUGUCUGACCCACAGAAGAAGAACCCGCAGAAGUCCAACCACCACCUCCUGUGGCUGAUGAGCCUAAUCCCCUCCCCACAAGGGUUGCAGGUUCAACCUGGAUUUAUGCUUCUCCGUCAACUUGACACAGAAGGAACGAUAUGGUUGUGUACUUUUUUUUAAAGUUCUGCAUUAAGUUUGUUUGAAUCUCUUUUCCUUCUUAAAAUUGUUUUAUUUUUUGCUGUUGGUAACUUACCGUCCCCACGGUGCAAA